AAAGGUUGAUGAACUGAUGUACAUGUGAGGCGGUGGCGCCAUAAGAAUCCUUCUAAUUGUAUAAGUAUAUCUCUUUACUUUCCAUUUGUUCAUACAACAAUCCUUUGAGUUUCCAAAUUAAAGCCAAUGACAACCACUACAAGAAGGUUAGAAGGGAAGGUAGCCUUGAUAACAGGGGCUGCAAGUGGAAUUGGGGAGUGUACUGCAAAGCUCUUUGCUGAACAUGGUGCAAAAAUCGUCAUCGCAGACAUUCAAGACCAACUUGGUCAAGCAGUUUGUGAGGCCAUAGGAUCAUCAAACUCAAUAUAUGUCCAUUGUGAUGUAACCAACGAAGAAGAUGUCAGAAAAGCUGUAGAUAUUGCAAUCGCCACAUAUGGAAAACUUGAUAUCAUGUUUUGUAAUGCAGGAAUAAUCGAUCCUAACAAGGAUCGCAUCAUCGAUAAUGAAAAAUCGGAUUUUGAACGUGUGCUUAGUGUCAACGUCACAGGUGUCUUUCUAAGUAUGAAACAUGCAGCUAGGGUUAUGGUUCCAGCAAGAGCUGGCUCAAUAAUAUCAACAGCUAGUGUUGUGUCAAAUAUCGGUGGCUUGUGCCCACAUGCUUACACUUGUUCAAAGCAUGCUGUAGCUGGUUUAACCAAGAAUCUGGCAGUUGAGCUUGGACAAUUUGGUAUUCGAGUCAAUUGUCUUUCACCUUACGCACUAGAUACACCACAAGCCACAGGUUUCACUGGGCUUAAAGGGGAGGAUUUCAAGAACAAGGUAAACUCAGUUGCAAACCUUAAGGGUGUGACACUUACAACAGAUGAUGUUGCUAAAGCUGUCCUUUUUUUGGCGAGUGAUGAGGCUAAGUAUAUUAGUGGACAUAAUUUGUUUAUUGAUGGUGGAUUUAGCAUUGUUAACCCAUCAUUCAAUAUGUUUCAAUAUCCAGAGAACCCUUUAUAAAUUGAGGUG